AUGAAAUUAAAUUACUUUCGAUUGUUUAGUGGUGAUGCAGAAGAAAAUAAUCAAUCAAUAAGCGGAUCAAGUAGCAGCUCAAAUACUUCAAAACAAAGUAAAGAUGAUUCAGGUGCACAUGCUGGUAGUGGCUCAUCGGGCUCAUCUGAUCCUGAUGGAAGUGGUACACAUGUUUCAGGCAAUCUAAGUGAUUGUCAAACAAUUGGUGAUAAAAUUGCUCAAGAACAUGGAUAUCGUUAUGUUCGACAGAUUUGUGACGGGUUUUGUGAAUUAGAAGAAGAUCCAUCAUCUGAAAAUCAUAUACGACAUCGAAGAGCCAUCGAAAAUGGUAUUGAUCCAGCUCAAAUCCUUCUUAAUCAUGAACUUGUUGAAUGGGCUGAAAGUCAAAUACCGAAAAUACGACGAAAACGUGAAUUUGUUUUUAAUGAUCCUGAAUGGAAUAAUAUGUGGUAUUUGGGGCGACAUUUACAAAAACCAAAUUUACCUGAUUUAAAUGUAACUGGUGCUUGGCAAAUGGGUUAUACAGGACGAGGACGAGUUGUAACUUUUCUUGACGAUGGUUUAGAAUUUGAUCAUCCAGAUUUACAUGAAAACUAUGAUAAAGAAGCUAGUACAGAUAUUAAUGAUAAUGAUGAUGAUCCAACACCACGCUAUGAACCAACCAACGAAAAUAGACAUGGAACUCGAUGUGCUGGUGAAGUGUCAUCAAAAGCUAAUAAUCAAGUAUGUGGAGUUGGAAUUGCUUACCAUGCUAGAGUGGGAGGUAUUCGAAUGUUAGAUGGUGAAGUAACAGAUAGCGUUGAAGCACGAUCAAUUAGUCAUCGUCCUGAUCAUGUUGAUAUUUAUUCUGCUAGUUGGGGACCAGAUGACAAUGGUCUUGUUGUUGAUGGGCCUGGUUUAUUAGCUAAAAAAGCUUUUGAAAAUGGCGCUCUACAUGGUCGAGGUGGAAAAGGAUCAAUAUUUGUUUGGGCCAGUGGUAAUGGUGGUCGUUCAUCAGAUUCAUGUGCUUGUGAUGGUUAUAUAACUUCUAUUUAUACAAUUGCUGUUAGUUCUGUAACAGAAUCAGGAAAUGUACCUUGGUAUCUUGAAGAAUGUUCAGCUACUCUUGCUACAGCAUAUAGCAGUGGACUAGGAACUAACGAAGAUCAUGAAAUAAUUACUACCGAUUUACAUCAUUCUUGUACAAGUCAUCAUACAGGAACCUCAGCAGCAGCACCAUUAGCUGCAGCUAUUUAUGCUCUUGUUCUUGAAGCCAAUCCUGAUUUAACUUGGCGUGAUAUUAUGUAUAUAACAGUUCUUGGCGCUCGUUCAAAUGCUAUUCCAUCAAAUAAAGAACUUAUUCGAAAUGCAGCUGGAAUGAAUGUAAGUAGUAAAUAUGGUUUUGGUCUUAUGGAUGCUGGUCUAAUGACAUGGUAUGCAAGUGGUUGGAAAAAUGUUCCAGCUAUGUCAACAUGCGAAUCGAUGACUUAUAAGCCGGAAAAGACUAUAAACUCUAAAUCUAAUGAAACUUUUUCUGUUAAUUUAACGGAAUGUCAAAAUAGUGGUGAUAUAAAAAGUCAAGUAAAUUAUAUUGAACAAGUACAAUUAUUUGUAAAUUUAACGACUACUAAUCGAGGAGAAAUAGAAAUCUUUCUUUAUUCGCCAUCAAAUACAGAAACACAACUUUUACCAAAACGAGCUAAUGAUCAUAGUGAUCAAGGUUUUAGCAAUUGGGCUUUUUUAACAGUGCAGCUAUGGUUUGAAAAUCCUUAUGGAAAAUGGAACUUGAAAAUACGUAAUACGGGUGGAGGAUCAGCUGAGUUAUUAUCGUGGCGACUUGUCGUUCAUGGUACACGUGAUUAUCCAAUAUUACCUCGUACGUCAUCUGAAACUAAUCAAUCUAAUUGUCAUGUCGAAUGUAAUCCUAAAGAACCAUGUGGCAACAAUGAUACUAGUUGUACAACGUGUCGACAUUAUAAACAAUCAUUAACGAAUGGAAAAUUUCGUUGUGUAGGUAUAUGUCCUGAAGGUACCUAUUCAUCUGUAAAAGACAAAUUGUGUUUACCUUGUCAUUCACGAUGUGGCUCAUGUCGUAAUGCUAGUGAAAAUAGCUGUGUCACUUGUAAACUUGGUUUCUUUCUUAUACAUGAUGCAACAAUUUGUGCUGAGUCGUGUCCUACUAAUUAUUAUACUGACCGUAAUCUUCGAAAAUGUGUUCGUUGUAAAUCUGAUUGUGCAUCAUGUGAAACAAGUUCUUAUAUAUGUACAUCAUGUCCGAAUGAUUAUGCUCUUAAAGAUACAGAUUGUGUAAAAGCAGCAAAACCAUGUAACUCUAGUGAAUAUUUUGAUUUUACUACAAAUAAUUGUCGAUGGUGCGAUUCUCGAUGUUUAACUUGUAGUGGACCUGAAUCUCAUCAAUGUAAUUCAUGUGAUAAAAUAAGCAAAUUUCCUAAUCUUCAAUAUCAUACAUGUGUUUCAUCAUGUUCACCAGGAUUUUAUCUUUCAAAAAAUACUUCAGAAUGUCUUUCAUGUCAUGAAACGUGUCUCAAUUGUACAUCAUCAAGUGAAUCAUCAUGUUUAGCAUGUAAAAUAGGUUAUGAUUAUUUUCCUGAUACACAUCGUUGUGAAAAACAUAUUGGUAAACCAUAUUAUAUUGAUAGUAAAACAGGUGAAAUGCGUACAUGUCAUUCAUCAUGUGCACAAUGUAAAGGACCAAAUCCAAAUGAUUGCAUGGCUUGUAAUCCAAUAACAGAAGUACUUCUUGUUGAUGGACAUUGUGUUAAUGAAUGUCCAGCAGGUUCCUAUGAAACUGAAAAGAAAACAAAUGAAAUUCAAACAAAUAUUUGUUUACCAUGUCCAACUGGAUGUAAACGGUGUACUAAUUUAAAUGAUUGCAGUGAAUGCGAUGCAGUGCAAGGUUCUUUUCUAUUGGAUACUCAUUGUCAAUCAUGUCAAGAUCCAUGUGUGGCAUGUACGAAUUUAACAAGUUGUUUAACAUGUAAAGAUAAAUUAAAUUUAUUAAAUGAUCAAUGUGUUGAUAAAUGUCCAGAUGGUUAUUAUUCAAGUAAUAAACAAUGUCUUCAAUGUAAUGCUAUUUGUAGUACUUGUACAGGACCAUGGGAAUAUGACUGUCACUCAUGUGCGGAUGGUUUUCGUUUUGAUGAACAAGAAAAACAAUGUUUGAGUUUAUGUCCAAAUGGAAAUUUUUAUAGUAAAGAUGAUAAGGUAUGCAAAUUAUGUACAGACAAUUGUCUUGAAUGUUUUAAUCCUGGCUCAUAUUGUCGACAAUGUUCCUAUCCAAUGUCACUUAACAUUGCCACUCAUAAAUGUUUAUCUUGUUGUACAUCAAACGUAACCACUGAUGAUUGUUGUCAAUGUCCAUCAAUAUGGGAUGGUUUUUGUCUUCAUCCACUUGUAUCUCCACUAAAAUCUUCCAGUUGGUGGUAUAAAUAUCCAAUAGAUCAAAUUCGUGAUAAAUUUUCUCAAUUAGAUAGUUCUCAUCAAACCAUUGUUUUGAUUACAUUAUUUCUUAUUAUAAUACUUUUAAGUAUUAGUUUCAUAGUAUUUAUUUUACGACAAUUUAAUUUCUUUCAUUCUUAUUCCAAACCGACGACCAAUCAUCAAAAUAUUAAUGUUGAAUAUGUUGUAUUAGAAAAUCUUGAUGAUGAUCAAAUAAGUAAUCAAAAUUGA